UGACAGACUAAUAGAAGAAAAAAUAGUUGUAAUCAGAAUCAGUGUCGUGUCACGUUCAAAGAGGUUAGAAAAUGAAGAAUAACGAAGAUCCCAGUGAUCCCAGUGAAAUUGGACUCUACGAGAACGGCUACGAUAUUUCGGACGAGUCAAAAAAAUCUAAAAACGAUUUGCAGCCCGGAAUUUCAGAGCGUGAAGAAAAUUCGAUCGAGACGCGAAAAUAUCGACACAAUGAAAUUCCUGCAACGCUGAAAAAUACUUCGCACACAAUGGUCUCGAAAUCGAGUCCAGGGGCAGCAACAAAAACGGAAAGCCAGACCGCUUUUACGCUAAACGUCGGUGCGGUUAUGGGGAACCUCGUUUGGAGAGCGUCCUGCGAGCCCGAAGUCAUAAAACAAUGGUUCACACAACAGUUGUACAAAAAAAAAGUUGAAGAGUUCGUCUCGAUCGCUGACAGAAUAAUCGAGACCUUUUUCAAAAUGUACGAGGAGGAGCUCCCGCCGUACAGCACCGACGAAUAUCAAUUCGCGAAGGGACUUUUGGGCACGGUCGCGAACAUGGCACACAUUCCUGAAGGAAGAAACUUCUUGAUCGAGAACAAAGACGGCAAGAGUCUCAUCAGAAAUCUUGUUUACUUUUUGCCCAGAAUCCCUAUGCCUCUGGGAGUCCAUUUGAAAAAAUUACUGAUGGUUAUACUAUGGAACAUGUCGGUGAAUAAGUCCGUGCUGAGUUACUUCUUCGACCUGCAAAUCGGGCGAGUCGUCGCCCACUGCCUGGACGAGUCGAGCCCCGAGAUCCUGAAACUCACGGGCUUCGAGCUGCUGCUCUCGAUAACUUAUAAUCUGACCGACCCGAAGCUCCUCGACGACAUCUUCAAGUACGUUUCCAUCGAAAAGGUCCGUAGAAUCGCCGACACUGGACAGGACAAAGAGGCGGAUUUGGCGCAACGGUUUUUGGAUUGUUUGACGGGGAGCGGAAUCGCGAAGCCGUAACCGAGCAACCGGACGUGAUUCGUUAUAAGACUUUUCUCAACUUUUCAUUCUUCGUAUCAUUGUCAUGACGGAGCGAUCAAUAAACUCGAAAU